GGUUCGAAGUAAUCAUCAUAUUGCAAGGGAAUUGUGAGAAGAUAUUGACACACCUGUGUCUCCCAGGAGCCUAGGAUUGAACGUUUUUUUCUAGCGACAUGAAGAGAAUGCGUGUGCACAUAAACUGAAAUAUCACGUUGGUAUAUAAUUUAUCUCAUAAAGAUGGAUUUCGCAACAGAAAUGGCAACAAUGGACUUGACGACCAUGACGACCAUCGUGGAUUUGGCCCCGACUGCGAACACCGAAAUCGACUGGUCAUGGAAGCAUAUCGAUUGGUCCUACUCUGAAAUACUUCAUCUAUGUUCGUCUGUUCUUGGGAUAGUGGGUAACCUGUUGGUUAUAUUAGCCCUCCGGAAGCGACGCGCUGCUAGCCGUUCGACCGAUACCUUGAUGAGCGCUUUAGCCUUUGCGGACUUCUUGACGUCCAUCUUCACUAUCCCUGUGCCAUCAGCGGCAACCGUUCCGGACUCACCUCUGGGACAGUUCUACUGCAAGAUGACCCUACCAGGGUUCUUUCUCUUCGUUGCCUUCACAGCAUCUAGCUACAUCCUCAUGGCGAUAUCCAUAGAACGGUUCUUAGCUGUUGUCUACCCACUGCAGUUCAACCAACUCAUGGCCCGGAAGCAGAUGCUGUUCAUUGUGAUAUCCAUCAUCUGGAUCGUCUCCUUUUUGGUCUAUGGCAUCUUUAUCGCAACGGCAGUGAUCGCAAAUGAGGUGACCCACACCUGUACCCUGUACUUCCCCACCAACGCCGCUAAGGUCACGCUCGGAUACUUCAUGUUCAUCUACCGCUUCGUCCUACCUGUCAUGGUGAUGUUGAUCACCCAGGUGUUCAUUGCCUGCAAGCUUCAUCAACACUCUGUUCACUUCAAGGGCCAGGAAGCCGUGUCUUUCCACAUCAAGGCUCGUAACCGCGUCCUCAAGCUCAUGUCCAUCGUCAUCAUCGUGUUUAUCAUCACCUGGGGCCCGGGUCAGUUCAGUUUCUUUCUCUACACCAUCGGCGUACUACCACCCACCUACAUCGGAGGUCCCCUGCACAAGUUCAUCAUCGUUUUCACCACCUAUAAUUCGUGCAUGAAUCCCGUUAUCUACAUCGUGUGGUUCCCGGAAUUUCGUAUGGCCCUGCGACAGCUCUUCUCGUGCAAGCCUUCGACAGCAGCACAGUCUGAGGAAGCAAUAGUGGAAUCCAAAAAUGAAUCGGUCUCCAGGCGCACCUCCAAUAUGUCAAAUAAUAUUUAGAAUUGUCUAAAAUCUUACAAAACUAAAAAAAAAAAAGUCAACAUAGUCGUUUAUGUUUCAGUAUGAAAGUUUUGCAAAUAUUUUCGAUCUGUACACACGAAGGAGAACAAAUUGACUACUCAGUAGCAUAUGCUGCAGUACUACUGUACCUAUUUAUAUCAACAACAGGGUACGGUUAAACAAAAAUUACAUACUGACUUUGUGUACAAGUUAUGUUGUUUGCCACUGUAUUCUCUUCAGCACCCAUUUUUCUUAAUAACAUUAUCAUUUCUGUAGUAGUAAUAUUUGUAAAAACUUUAGUCACGAGCGGUCACGUGAAAAUGAGAUGUGUAAAGAAAGAUAAAACGUGAAAUAAUAUUUUAGUAAGUGUUGUUUCAUUAGAACACCAAUGACACUUAAAUAUAUGACUAUUUUUCAUUCCUUAGAGAGAAAACAAAGAAAUUCACUGGGAGGAAUCGGAAGGUGUGAGCACGAAGACCAAAUAGAAUAUCAAAUCAAAUUCGUGCUUCGUGAUGCAUUUCCAUAAUAACAUGUGUUUGUGCAUAAUUAAAUUGAUUGCGCAUACUGACAACUUAGGGUUGCAUAUAGCUGGAGCUGAGUGUGAAUUCAAAAGAGUAAGCUUAAGGUAUUUCUUGGGAGAAAAAAAAGAUACGUGUAUGAUGUUUUGGGAGGCAUCAAGCGUACUCUAGUACAUUGGUCCAGUAUAUACACUAUUAGGGACUUUUAGAUUUGUGUGGACUGACACGUGUGACGUCCAUUCAAGACAGUGCAUAGGACGUCGAACGUAGCAAUCCCUAUUGUCUUCGUGCGAGUCUAAAAGUCCCUAGUGUAAAGACUGUUCCGGCUAGAGAAAGAUGAUAUUGGUUAUGACAUCAAGUAGGGUAUGUGUGUAAAUGUACAUUACUUGUAAAUAAUUCUGUACGAGCGCUGGGUAACUGAUUGGAUUUUGAUUAAAACAUGAAUAUUCCUAAAUGGAAUGAAAAUAAAUCGUGUAUGUUA